UCUUCUUUUGAUGCUGUGUUCAGUAUCACGGCAAAAAUAAUGCCGGCCAUUAGCUGCGACACGAAUCCCACCCCAAGAUCAGAGAAAGCCAGACUAAGGAACAGGUUCUUGACGUUGGCUGGUAUUGACGAAGCUUUGAAAAAGGCGCGAAUUACUAAAAUAUUUCCAAGACUUGUCACGAGAGAAAACGCGAAGUUUGAAACAGAGAGAAAAGAAGAAAGAUUCUCUGUAACGGGCAAGUUGUAGAAAAUCUUCCAACGUUCGAUUGCAGUACUGUUCAGCCAUUUUUUAUCUUGCCGGUUGUUUUUCAAGCGUUUUACAUUAGUCACCUGUUCUCUGUUCCAUUUUUAAAAUAGACGACUACUUUGACGCUCGAUGUUAAUGUAGACCGUUUAAUAUGUCUCAAACGCAGUGUGUAUUGUUUGUAGAGUACAGGGUUGUAAGGUCGUUUAUUAACAUACAUAAUGAAAACACAACGUUUAAAAUGUUCAAUACAUGGUUCGUUUCCAUCAAGUUCCAAUUACCUCUUUGUUGAUAACUGAGAUGCGAAAAGUUUCAAGCUGGGAAAGAUGUGCUUAUUUAAUCUAAAACGGCUGGUUUAACAAUAGAAGGUUAAAUCAUUCUAAAAAGUUGAAACGGCGAGGUUUUUCUCUCAAUUUAACCGACGAGCCGAAAGUCUUUGAAACAUGAUAAAGUAGUGAUGGAUUUUUGAAGUUCUAUUCCUUUUUAAAAUUUUAAGCCAUCCGACGCAAACUUUCAGUUUGAAAAAUUUAACACCUGUUUCGUAGUUUAAUGUGACGUCAGCGAGGAUUUGCGUUUUCAAAGCCGGUAGGGUUUCUGGAAGGGCCUGGAACCGAAUAUUUUGGGCUGUUCUCGUCUUCCUUCUUUUUUCUUUCAGAUAACUCUCAAGUGUACAGCGUACAGCGAGCGCGACUGGCCUUCCUCUUUUGUUAACUCAUUUCUUGUCAAAAUGCUCUUUUUUUUCCUUGUUUUUUUUUUUAACCUUUAUGCUUAAUACAAGCAACCACAGUACAAAGAUUUUUGUACUUUUGUCCAUAUAUCCACAAACUUCCUUACAUGAACACAUUUUGUGAAUGGGUGAACUUCUUUCGCGCCCCGCGAUUACCUUUUCAUUGAUUUUUGGAAGGAGAAUGUGAAAUAUAAAACAAAGAAAGCAAGGCGGGAAGUUCUUCUUUAGCGAGUAAAUUUUAGCAAAAAAUUCACCGCUUGAGAGCAGCACUGUUCAGCCAUGGUUUAACUUACUAGUAAAUUUACAUGAACUUUUCGUUCAAAAAAUAUCUACAACUGAAUAAUUAUUCCCUCGACCGUAUCAUGUAGCUUUGCAGUACAGAACUGCUCGGUCAUGGUUAAACCUGCCAGAUGAUUUACUGUGUGUAGCUUUAGUUUAAAAGUCUCAAUCAGACUCAUCGGUUAUAGGCUAAUUUUGUUAAACAACUGGAGACAAAAGGCUUGAUUGGUCAGUAAAUAUGAAGGCCCGUCAUGGUCAAAAUUGCGUGAUUAAUUUUUCCCUCUUGAUGAAUUAAUUUGAUGAGUACCUGCUAUUAAUAUUUUGUCUGUUUGUAAUUAUUUUUAACUAUGCCAGUAAUUAUUUUUGUGCCGUCUAUAUUGUUAUGUUUCUUGGAAAUUAUUUUUGUCCAUUACGCAAAUUAUUUUACGGUUGCUGAUUAGUUUUUUGUCUGCCAUAAUUAUGUUUUUUGGAUAAUUAAUUGAUUUUGUUGUACGUUUCUCAUAAUAUAAUGAUAAUUUAAUUUUUUCCAUUCGAGAAUUAUUUUUCGUUAGUCAUAAUUAUUUUUUCGUAGUUUUGGCAAAUGUCCCAUAAGCCUCUACGGUAAUGCACCUAAAACAAACAGGCGGCUCGUACUCGUCGGUCACGUGCACUGGUGUUACGAGAGAGAAAUGAACGUGGGUUCGCGAUUUUCUUAAAGAAUCUAAAAAGCGUUCUUAAUCUGUUGGCUAGUGCUGAUAAGUUAGAGACAGACGUUCUGAUUCAAACGAGGAGUCGAUUAGAGGAUGCUUCGGCACGUUGUCAUUCCUGCUGAAUGACAUGUCGAAUGGUUUCACAAAUGCUACUGGUAUUCCGUCGAAUGCGAUUCAAGUUCCUGUGCAGCACCUGAAGAAUUCUUUAACCUACAUAACUGAUUUGCUUUCAAGUCGGAUAGAAUGCCGCAACAAUGUAGAUUUUUGACUCACUGGAUAUAUCUUAUUCUGCACCGCUGGAUCUUUCACAGACAGGACGAGGUCGCAAACGCUAUGAAAUAACUAAAGACCAACUCAAACACUUACGAUCGCUUUAUUUUUCUUUGGGAAGUAAUUGCUUGCAUUCUUCAGGUUAGUCUUUCAACCCUUCAGCGGCGACGAUGCAACGUACUCGCCCAGCUUGGCCCGCAAAAACAAAACUGAGAAGGAGUCUAGACUGCUCAAGAAUAGCGAAGGAAAUCGUGAUGAUGAGUGGUAUUUUUGUAGAGGGCAGGAGGCAGACAUUGCUUUAUUCUUUCAAGAGACAAGAAUAAGAAAGAUCAGAAAAAUAUUUGAAGAAAACUGUUCGACUAUUGCCCGAAACAGGGCGAUCACAAGCAACGACCUUUGAAAGACAGAAACAAACAAAGUGGAUCGAAAUGCACCAAUCACAAGUAAACAUUUGUUUCCUAAGAGGUCCGCUAAGAUGAUUGACGGAACAGAAAAACUCAAAAUUUUUUUCGAAGUUUGCAAAACACGCAGCCCAAUACAACGAAUUUAGCUAUAAGAUCUCCAUAAACGUGCACUUCAUCCGGGGAACAGCAAUGUUUCGCGGUGCAUAAUUUUUCAAGCCUUAGCGUAAUUGUUUGUUAUUACAUGCAGUGUUCAGAGUGUGACCCCAGCGAUGAUGAUGACGAAAUGGAAGUCGAUACUGAGGACACCACACCCAUUUCUCAAGGCCGCCAAAGACGGGUCAUCAAAGAACCUACUAAAUUCACUCCAGACAAGGGAGAGGUAAGUCAGGUUGCAUCAGGAAUACAUGUUGCAAACUACUUUCAUCUGUCUACUGACUCAAGCCUGACACAAUCGGAGUUAACCGCUGGAGACAUUAAAUGCAAUUCUGACUUUGGAGCUUGUAGGUGGAGCCACGUGACCAUUUGAGUAGAAGCUACUCGGCAGUUCUUUCCUGUGGAAUUGGUUAUUAAGUUGUGCAAGGCGAUAAAUUCUACUAUCUCUGUCUGAUCUCGGGCGCAGUCCCCUCUCAUCAGUUCUAACCUAAAUUCCCUUCUUUUGAGUAACUCGGGUGAGGGCUGUCUGAUUCAUAUAGCCCUGCGCUUCUUCAGGACCUCUAUUGUCACUACUCCCCAUAUCCUACAGCUUUUAUUGUUCUAAGGAGUUGGGGCAUUGCCGACCCCUGCAUGUUUUUUGUCGUGAAACCACUCAUUGAUCCGGUAGGAAAAAUGCGUUAUUGUCCAUGGGUGUGGUCAAGAUGGCUAGAUAUUGGCCAAUAAAAACGCGAAAAAGAACGAUGAAUACCCAGCCAUCUUCAUGGAACAAGCUUGAUCAAUAUACAAAGGAUUAAUUACAUGGCCAAAAAGAGAACUUAUUAUUGCGGGACCAACACCGAGCGUGCAGAAGGGGCUCGUCUUUCCCUCUCGCAUGGUUACUAUCGGUCAGGAAAUGGUUAGCGAAAAUUAUUCUUCAAGGCCAGGCAAGAGUCAGAGAAUUUCACUUUGACCAAGGGAAAAUUUAAGUCCUUGAAAGAAGUCAAGAUAAAGUGAAAUUUUAAGAGUACACAUUCUUUUUUAUCAAUUCAUGGACACUCCACGUGACUUGCUGAAAGCAUAAAUCAGUCGUGGAGAGGAUUGCUGUGAGGGGUGGGGGGGGGGGGCGGUUGAGUCCAUCAAAGACUAAUUUCUGAAUUUGUUAAUUCAUUUGGUCAGGGAAAUUUGCAGUUCUCAGGGAAAAGUCAGGGAAUUUCAGAAACCUUUGGCUGUGGCAUCUAUGGCUCGGAUAGCCAAUCAGAAAACCUUCAUACGGACUUCUGUCCAUUUAUUUAAAUACGAUGUUUGAUGCAACUACGCGUUCAUCUUAAACAGAUUCCUCAGAAAACUUGUGCAUUUAUUUGUGGCCGUUUACUAAUCAAGAUCUGUGGUUGAUUUUCGCAGAAGCCAAAAUUAGAAGAAAGCUCUGCGCCUGCAGCGAAAAGAGGAAGGCGCCCUGGGCGAAGAAGCAUAGAACCACCUGAAAAGAAGAAGAAGCCUGAAGACUCUCGCACUGAGUGUUGUGUUUGCAAACAGAGCGGCACCAAUUCUAAUCUUGUGAGGUAUGCUGGGAAGUUCACCAUUGUCACCGAGACAAUAAUGCACCUUGUUUACACCCCAGAAUUUGGCAUAACCAUUGUCUCCGAUUUCUCUUGGGACGACUGUUAUACCUAGGAGAAAUUAUGGUGCAUUAUGGUCUUGGUGAAGGUGGUGAAGAUUUCAACGUUUCUUAAGUCACCGCAGAGCGCAGAAGAGUUAUACAGACCUUUCCCCCACCCUGAAAUUCACUCUUCUUUGUUUGUUUGCUUUUAUAUUUCGUUGUUGUUGUAAUAUUUGUAAGCUUAUCUCAACUUUAAUGGUCACAUUUUCUACCCCCUCCCAAUUUCCUCUGCUUUUAAAAUCAAAUAUGGCGGUUUCUGCAGACUUAAGUAGCCUGAUCAGUGCCAGGCCUGAUGACAUUGUUUAUUUAUUUAUUUACUCACUUAUUUAUUCUUUACUACUUUUUACAGAUGCCACCAGUGCAAGCUUUGUUAUCACUUCCAAUGCCUUGAUCCUCCGAUAAAAGUAAGUUCAGUUUUAAAGGGCGUAUGUCACGAGGAUAUCGCUUUUUUAGGUCAAUUCUGUGCUGAAGUCAUUACUUUGUGCCUGACUACACACAAAGUGGUUUUACAGAGAUAUGAAUAAGAUAUCAAUCAAAUUUCCUCAGCGAACACAAACCAUCUGCCCACCAACCCCUUCCCUAAGCCAACAUUAACAUUUACUUCUCACUUAAAGCAAAAUGUUGGCUUAGGGGGAGGGGUAGGUAGGCAGAUUCCUAGAAAUGUAUAAUGAUCCAGCAUUUUUUGUUGGUUUUUGCAGGUAUAGCAAAAAAAAAGAUGGCCCACUUUUUAAAAACUUUUAAUCCAUGUCAAUCCUUUCCAUCCGUAGCAAUAGUGAAUAGCUAGGAAACGGCCUAAAUAUAAGCUUGAAUAACAAAACUAAACCAUAAUUUUUGAAAUUAUUUUGAUGCAAAGACCGUUUUUUACUUUUUUACAAGAUAUCAAAUAGCGUACUAGUUUUACAAAGCCUGAAUACCACUAGCCCUGUGAUUGGUCGUUGUCUAUGAAAUAUUAGAGUGCAGACAUACAGAUGACGUCACGGGGAAAAUUUUUGCUUUAUUUUGUCCAACAAGUUGCUCGGUUUUGAAAGUUGUCGCGAGAUUAUUUCGAAUUGAGCAAGUAAGUCCUCGAAAAUAGUUUAUCACGAGCUGUUUACAAGAAAAAGGAAAAACCCGAGACGAAGAGUAUUCUUGGCGACUUGAAAUGGCCUCAACUGAAAGAAAUCGUCUCGGUCGCAUGUUGCCGUGCGUCUGUUCAGUAACAGCUCACAGAGUAACACGUUAUCAUAAAGCUGCAACCUUAACUUUGUCGUGACUGUCACACUACGUUCCUCGUUCAAAAUUGUUAGUACAAAGUUGAGGUGUACUUCUAACUUUUAAGCCUGUGGAUAAAAUCCUUCAGUUUGACCAUUUAAAUGAAACCCAGUCAGCUGUCCUAUCACAUGAUAGUGUUUUGCAAAACAAAUUUGGAGUUAUCGUUAUUUUUUGUCUACUGUCUUGUAGGAUGGAAAGAGCUCCUUUUCGUUAAGACUUAUCUUACUUUUUAUUUUUAUUUUGCAGGCCAACCCCAAGACGCGAGGAUACCUGUGGUUCUGCACAGAAUGUGACGAAUCGGUAAGCGAUUGAGAACUUUGGAUAACACGAGGAGCAAUAUUUCAUACGAUACCCGUGGGGGGGGGUACCCCAAAGGAUAUGGUUUUUGCGCCGUUUUGGUCUGAAAACGGGUAUAGAUUUUGCCUAUUCUGGUCUGAAUUCGGGUAUGGUUUUCGAGGGAAUGCAUGAACGUAUUUGUCGUUUCAAUUCCAACGGAAUAAGAAAGAAAGAGUAAUACGCGAAUUCGAGGUGGAUUUUAAGAAAAUAAAUUUCAGUCGUUUGACUGAAAUAAACUCCCGCUAUUUCGGACUCUCACUUAUGAAAACACCAACUGGAGGUCCUUACAGUGACUGAGUUGGCUUUAAUGAUAACAUAAUUUCUGCCUACGCCAGGUCUGAAAACGGGUGUGGAAAAUGUCAAUUUUGGGGUGUGAAAUUGGGUCAGGAUUUGGAGAACCGGCCGGCACACCCCCAUCACGAAUUCCCAGGAAUACCCCUCCGGGGGUACGAUAUCAACCUGCCGCUUCUACGCCCUGGGCUUAUACCCCUCCUCCGUAAGCGGUUCUAGGAGGGGGCCGUUGCGGGGGGGGGGGGUGGGGGGCUAAAAAAUUACUUAGAAGUUCUUUGUUGUGGUGCUGUUUAUUGGUUAAAGCCCAUUAGCGUUACCAUUUAACUACCACCACUACUAUACAGAAAGUCUUUACACUUUGGCAUGUUGAUUUUAUUUGUUAGGAAGAGGAAAGCGACGAAGAUGUAGAUGUAGAAGAUAUGAGUACAACUGACGCUAAAACAGAAAAAUAUGACAAAGAAACAAAGCAGAAAAACAGUGAAAAGAAUGAAAAGAAAGCGGAUGAAGGAAAAGACGAAGGAGACAAAAGUGUGAAGAAAGACAAGAAAAAGAAAGAGGAAGGAGUUGAAGAUCAGAACAAAGCGGUUGAAAAAGACAUGCAAACAAAUGUAAAUAAAGCCAUUAAAGAGAAAGAAAAAGGAAAGGGAGAAUUUGAGAAAGCAGACCAAUCCAAGAAGGUAGACGGAAGUAAAAAGAAAGUAGAUUCGAGAGAAGCAGAAGAUGUAGAAAGAUCAAGUAAAGAGCCAAAAAAACAAGAUGAAACGAAAGUAGAGGAGGAAAAAUUGAAACUAGGCAAAGAUGUAAAGAAGGCAGAUAAAGACAAGGGGAAAGGCGACGGAAAUGUAAAGAAAGCAGACGUAGAACGAGAAGAGGUAACAAGGGUAGAGAAACAACAACAAGGAGAUGUGAAGAGAGGAGAUAAAGAGGAAGAGAGACAAGGAAAAGGAAACAGAGCAGAUAAGAAGGAAGAGAAAGCAUGUGAUAUAACAAAGGAAGAAAAAGAGAAACAACAGGACGCAAAGCAGGCAGGAAAUGAGAAGCGGAAA